CCGACGAUACGCGAAAUCAUGAUUCCAACACGGGGAUGUCGUAUGUCGCCGAUUUCCAACUAUAAAUGUCUUGUGUGUGUUGCAGUUGUGUGUGUCGUGUUCACUGAAUCAAUAGAAGCGCAAACCACAAGACCAAUAAUAGGUAUUUUGUCACAAAAGUCAUAUGACCAGCUCGCUAAAUAUGGACCGUCAUACAUAGCAGCAUCCUAUGUGAAAUUCUUGGAAUCCGGUGGUGCUAGGGCUGUACUUAUACCUGUCAAUCAAACAAAUGAUUAUUAUACAAAUUUGUUCAAUUCCAUCAAUGGGAUUUUAUUCCCCGGAGGAACUCAAUAUGUAGAUGAUUCAAGCUAUGGUACAGCUGGUCAAAUCCUCUAUAACCUAGCAAUCAAGGCCAAUGAUGGUGGAGAUUUCUUCCCGCUAUGGGGAACAUGUUUGGGUCAUGAACUACUGACUUAUGUGACUGCAGGCAAAAAUUUACUGGCAAACACCAAUGCACAUGAUGUAUUAUAUCCAGUCCAUUUCACAAAAGAUUUCAGAUCAAGUCGUCUGUUUCGAUUGAUGCCUGACAAGAUGGUGAAUAUUCUGGCAAAUCAAAACAUCACUUAUAAUCACCACAGAUUUGGACUAACUCCUCAGAAUUACACGAAGAAUGAGAAAUUGAGAAAUUUCUAUCAAAUUAUAUCAACAAGCAAAGAUGAAGAUGGUUUGGAGUUUAUAUCCAUUAUGGAAGCAUAUAAAUACCCAUUUUAUGGUGUUCAGUGGCAUCCAGAAAAGAACAACUUUGAGUGGAUGAGAACACAGAACGUAAAUCAUUCUGAAGAUGCCGUGUUAAUUUCUGAAUAUCUUGCAAAUUUUUUUGUGGAAGAAGCUCGUAAAAGUUCUCACAAGUUUUCCAGUACAGCAGAAGAAUUGGCAGCAUUGAGUUAUAGCUACACCCCAAUUUAUACAGGAAAAAAUACUAACUUCCAACAGUGCUAUUUUCUCUCAGAUUGAAUAGCGCCCUCAUAUGCAUCUUAAUUCCUAUUGUGCCGAGCAUGAAUUGGUUUCUGAUUUGAAAUUCUCAUUGAAGUACCUAUAUGAAAUAACUUUCUGAAUUGCACAAUGUUUGUUUGGCCCAUUUUAAGUGGUUCAUUUGCUAACAAUUGUUUUUUAACAUUAAACUUUGAUGAAACAUAUAAAAGCAUAUACUCAG